AUGAACUAUGGCCGGAUGCGGCUGCGGCCCUCCACCUGCUUUCUGCUGCUUGAAGCAGCUGGGGUGGAGGAAGGCUCCACUUUGUUGGAUCCCAUGGGCGGUGUUGGGACCAUCGCCAUUGAGGCAGCUGUUCGACUUCCUGGCGUACGUGCCUUGACGUCCGACAUCAGCUGGGAUGCCACUCAGGCCGCUCGGUUGAACUCCGAGACCGCGUCGCCUCACCUCGCGCUCGGCUCGACGCUCGAGGUGGCACAGGAGGACGCCCGGGCCCUGCCGCAGAAGACAGGGUCGGUGGACUUUGUCGUCACGGAUGUGCCAUUUGGAAACCGGAACCGGCUUGUCUGGGUCAAUGGCCUGUUGCCCGCGUUUCUGUCGGAAAUGGCCCGUGUGCUGCGGCCCGGAGGGAGGGCUGCUCUGCUCAUGACACGCGCCCACGCCAGGCAGAUGCAACAGCUCUUGGGAUUCCAGGAAGAGACGUGGGCUGCGUCGGUGCACGAGGAGGCCGUGGAGGACUCCAUCGAGCCUGUGGGUGAGGAACAGUCGGCUGCCGCCACGGACCCUCAUUCACUCAAGCAGCUCGAGCGUGCUUUCCGCCAGCUCGCCUGCCACAAAGUGGGAGUCGGCGGCUGGCCGGCAGCCGUGCUUGCGUUGGAGCGGCUGACGGGAGAUGUGUCGGCGCAAGAGGCGCCGCCGUCUCCUGAAGCUCAUGUCAAGGGCAAGGGCCUGAAGGGCAAGGGCAAAGGAGCUGGGAAAUCAGCUCAGGGAGAGCCUCGUGAGUGUCUGCUGAUCGAGAGCCCUCUGAGCUGCCCCAGCCUUCGGCUCGUGGACUACUUGAUGCAACGCUGGCCAUCCCACUUCCCAACCGAGUCGGUGAGUCGACGUGUGAUGGGAAGGGGCCGGGUCUGGGUACAGGAGGAAGGGCAUCUUCGGCAGGCGUGGUGGAGUGAGCCGGUGACGAUGAAGACCGUCGUCUUCUUGCCGGACUACCCCCGCCGAUCGCCCUAUGAAGGCCAGCUGACGGUGCUGUACCAGGACGACCACGUGGGCGUCGUCUUCAAGGAACCGGGGCUGCGCAUCUUCGGCGGCGUGCGCACCCUGGCGAACCUGCUGGCGGCGCGGCGAGCGCCGUCUUUGACAUCCUCAGGGCUGAGAAGCGCGCUGCCCGCGCCUGUGCCCGUGCACUUUCUCGAGGCGGAGCUGGGGGGCUGCUUCCUCGUGGCCAAGACGGCCGAGGCGGCUCUGGCGCUCGGCCGCGACAUUCCGCAGCGCCGGCUGCGGGCGCUGCUCUGCGGUGAGCAGGCUUUGCGCCGGCUCCAAGAAGGCAACCAUGGUCGGGACUGGCAGAUCCACCGCGUCGCCCCAAGUGUGCGGUUUGGGAAGCUGUCGGAGGCCAGCCGCUGGGUGGUGGGCCCGGUUUCGAUGUUCCGGGAGGAGUGUGCCAGGACAGGCCUGGUGCUACUGGGCGACGCGCAGUACGCUGGGGAGGAUGCGCCGCGGAUCCGUCGGAGCCAGGUUUUCCUGUUUGUGGACGGUUUCCUGGCGACGCCACAGUUGCAGUCCGAGUGUCGGCGUGCGGGCUUGAUUUCGAGCGUCGCGCAACUCGUAGCCAUGGGCACCAACAAGUCAGCGGAAUGGGGGACUGAGAUCAAAGCGCUGAUGGGCCCGGAGUGGAAGACGAAGUACAUCGUGGUUGUCACCGUGGCGCUGCAGAUCUUCAUGGCCUAUAUCACACGCAACUGGUCCAUCUGCUCGUUCCUGGUCGUUGUCUACGUGGUCGGCGCGACGGCCAAUCACUCGCUCUUCCUGGCCAUCCACGAGCUUGCACAUGGACUUGGUGCGAAGUCGAUGACGGCCAACAAGAUCAUCGGCAUGGUCGCCAACCUCCCCAUCGUCUUCCCGUACUGCAUUACCUUCAAGCCGUACCACAUGGCUCAUCACCGGAACCAGGGAGUGGAUGGCAUCGACACCGAUGUCCCAACCACUUUGGAAGGCUAUCUCAUUACCGGGACGUCCAUGGGCUACGUCGAUCACAUGCUCCGGAAGGCCGUGUUCAUGUUCUUCCAGAUCUUCGCCUACGCCCUCCGGCCGAUCUUCAUCAAGCCUGACCUUGUGCCAAUCGACGGAUGGGUGGUCUGCAAUUUUGCCGUCUGCGCGACGUUCGACUACCUGAUUUUGGUCACCGUGGGGUGGGAAGGGGUGCUGUAUCUCCUGCUCUCCACCUUCUUUGCGGGCUCCAUCCACCCGACCGCCGGACACUUCAUCGCGGAGCACUACGUCAUGGAGGGCACGACGGAAACGUAUUCCUACUACGGCCCGUUGAACCGCCUGACCUACAAUGUGGGAUACCACAAC